CAUUGAAGUCUCACAAGAUCAUGUGAUGUUUCGCAUAUGAAAGCUGCAUUCAUAACAUCUCAUUCGAUUCCGCGGUGGCUAGAGAAAGGUUUCCUUCAAAUGUCACCACAUUGAUUCAACAAACAGUGGCUAUCCGAUCAUAUUAACAGUCUCGUUGCACCGAGUGAGUCUCUUCAGAGAUUCCUACUUUUUGACUUUGGCACUCCGAUCCUCAUCGCGAUACUGGGUAGUCCUUUGUGUACUUGAAAGAAUACGUGUUUUUGGUCUGUAAUCCUUCCUUAUAUGACUUGAACGGUAUUUACCCUCUUCAUUAGUUUGCGGAACGCCUCAUUUUUAUUUGAUUCCUCGCAUGAUUACUGCCUCUUGCAAGUUGAUUGCCCAUUGAUCGAUACUCUUGAGCUCCCAAUUCAUCCUAUCGAUUUAUUGAGGGUAUGCAUGAUCGAGGCGUGUUUUUCUUCGGUGGAUCUACAAAUUUGAAUAUGCGAUGCGUCAAUGUUUGGUAUCAUUUUGAUUGUCCGGUCUAUUUUCCAAACGUCCAGCCGUUCAGCUUUCGGACUUAAAGUCAGCCACUUCAAUGCAUAAUAACAGUCCAUGAGCCGAAUCAUGUACUCGCUCGUAAAUACAACCUUCGUUACACGAUCAGUUUGCGAACACGCCGGUCAUCUUUCAGACAUAUGAAGUCAUUGUCAUAAGGUCAUCUGGAGUAUCUCUUGAGAAGAUUUCGACACUUGCUACAUGUCACAUCACAUUUGCAAUGCCCCGCGUCUCGAUCAGUGCACAUGUUUUAGUUUUGUGUAGCAUGGUAUCGAGCUCCGGAAAUGCGUUUCAUGAAACAGCCUUUGAUAUUCAGAAGCCCUGCAAUAACAAAUCAAGAGUUGCCACAAAGCUGUUACCGAAAGCCAUUUAAUAUGAAUUGCCUAGAGGGAGACUAAGAAUUUCCAUGAGCAAAUGGGUAAUAACUUGUGUCGGAUAUGUUUAACGCAGCUUCCGAAGUAUGGCUUACGCCCUCAUGUUUCAACUGUUACGAUUUCUUACUAGUGAAUAUAAAUUGCUGACCCUGCCUUUAAUUGGACAAUGCCACUAGGGCUUACGAGCUUCAUGCUUCUUGAAUGUAAACAUCAUUUUGCGGUUUAUUGUGAACAGAGUAUAUAAAUAUGAACAAUAACCCGCCAAUUUACAGCUCCCAAUCAUCACAUCCAGUAUCAUAGCUCCCUGAGAAAAGUGUUCGGCACGAUUUCAAAAGACUUAUCCUUUUCAAAAGCUUCCUCAUUCUCAUAACCAUUUUCAAAGACAGCAACAAAUCUCAAGAUGGCUAUUACCGAAAGAGUUAUUUUGCCAGUUAACGGCAGUGUUGAUGAAUGGAAGGAUGCCCUUACAUUCAUGAUUCAAAUAAUAAGCAUUCAGGAUGGCCAUCUUCGAACUCGGUAUGUUUCCUUGUCAUCAUUCCUCUGUGACACGUCUCUAACCAAAAUAUCAGAUACGGAUUUCACACCGAAGACAAACAAAAGAUUGAGCUUCUCAUUGGUUGGGAAUCCAUAGAAGCCCCAAAGAAAUUUCAAUGUAACUUCACACCCUUUACUUCAUUUAAAUAUAAAACUAACCCUUCACCGUAGCCUCUCCCGCUUUCCAAGAAAUGUUAUCUCAUAUAAGACCAGUCCUCGCUGCUCCUCCAAACAUCCUCAUCAUUGAAUUUAAACCCUACGCUCCCGCAGAAGUAGUAGACGCCCCUUUCAUCCAAAUGAUCACCAUACAACAAUAUACAUCAUCCGAAGAUGAUCUCCGUGAUCAAAUCACCAAAUUCAAGGAUUUUCAAGGUUGCACUGGUAUUGCUUCUGGUUUUUCUCUCGAUGAUGUUGAUGGAAAGGAAAAAGCUUUUGUUGCGGCUGUGGGAUGGGAUGAUUUGGAGGCGAGUGAAAUGGCGACGGAGAGUAUGACUGGGUUUCUUGAUGGUGCUGAGAGUCAUCUUGUGGAUUUUAAGUGGGGUUUUGAGUGACUUCAUAGAUUUCUAGGUUGUUAUUGAAACUUGAGGCGAUACUGGGGCUUAUUUUAUUGAGGUUUGCUCUUCGAACCUGAUUUGAACUCAGAUUGACUACUGGAUUAGUCAAUGAUUUUGUCAUGUCACUCUUUUAUUGGUUCUCUACUCGAGUAUUAAGUUGGUAGAUGAACUAUCUUAAGUUAUUAUGAUUUAUUCAUCACACAAUAUAUUUUCUGUGUCAUUCCAUUCAAUUAAGUCUAUCUCUAAACCGUACCAUUCCUCCUAUAAAACACCAAUCUACUACUUCUCACCCCAUCUUAUCCCAUUU